AUUUUUCAAUUUCAAUGGCAUUCAAUGUCCCUUCUUUUGUUAUUUGAUUUUCUUAUAGAAAUACGUUUACACAUUUAGAGCAUUCAAGUUUGAUGUUGAUGAGAAAGCCUUCUGACUUUCCUAAUAAGGAAGAAUUGGCAAAAGAGGUAAAAAAUUAUAAUCGAUCCAUCUCAUGGUUAUGAAAUUUGUGUUACCUAAAUGACGCAAGCAUCAAACGAGAUCCUCUAAACGCCCCUAAAGCGUAAACUCCCAUGGUCAAAUCAGUGUUAUAAGCAUAGAUUAAGUAGACAUUUGUUCUUGUAACUGUUACCUCAUGGGAAGCAAUGUUGUCAAUUUAAAAACAACUUAUAAUAAAGAUUAUAAAAAAACCAUGAAUUCUACACUUGCAGAGCUGGCUUAUUCUUCGAUUCCUACUGAAAAGUGCGAUGUAUAUAGCUUUGGAGUCGUCGCAUUAGAAACAAUCAUGGGAAAGCAUCCAAAAGAUCAUGUCUUUGAGGAAUGUUCAUCAUCCACCCAAACUGAAUUGCCAACACUGUUGAAGGAUGUGUUGGAUCAACGUCUCUCGCCUUAUGGACUUUGUCUUCAAGAUGCGCAAGAUGUAGUCGCAAUCGCCAAGCUAGCGUUCAUGUGCUUGCAAGCCAAUCCGCGGCUUCGACCGACUAUGAGACAAGUCUCCCGUGAACUUCGCGUUCAAGCAUCCCUACAAACGCCACUCCCUGCUAUCACCUUAGAGCAACUCCGCCAUCUCAAUGUCAGAAAUUUGGAGCAUUCACAGGGUUUGAGCUAGCCUCAACAUUACAUGAAUACUGCAAUGUUAAGUUUGGAAUCGUGGCACCAAAAAUAAUUAGGGACGGCCUUCGGGGAGAUCUAUUUUCAUGAUUAUUUCCAACUUUCUGCAGAGCGAUCAGCAAGUGAAUUUGCAAAAUGUAUUAAAUUGACAUCUCUUGCCUCCUUUCAAUAGAGAUGCAAACAGCAGCUUCUAUCGCUGGAAGAGAUAAUGAUAUCAGUAGCUUGUGCACUUAUUUGAUGUAUAGUGUCAUAAUUGAACUGUUAAUUGGGCCAUUCAUCUUACUUUUUAUUGAUGUCCACUAUUGUUCUAAAACUUUCGGUUGGUCCAAUGAAAUCC